AUGUCUCACCUUCAGUACUUUUCCUACAAGGGCGUUGGCGAGCGGAACCGCGAAACUUUCAAGUACAGCCAAGCUGUCAGAAUUGGCGACCGGAUCGAAUGUGCUGGCCAAGGUGGCUGGGACCGUGAGACUGGCGAGAUUUCCCGGGAAAUCAAUGCACAGAUUGACCAAGCAUUCGCCAAUGUCGAACAUAACCUCAAGGACGCCGGUGGUGAAGGGUGGAGCCAGGUGUUCCGUGUCAAUUCGUACCAUGUGCCCAUCAAUAAUGAGGCAUUGGAGGCAAUGGUACGCAAUUUCAAGAAGUACAUGCCCGGACAUCAACCGAUUUGGACCGGCGUUGGUGUUCCCCGCCUUGGAGAGGAUGGCAUGCGCGUAGAGAUUGAAGUGGUUGCGCAUUUGCCGAAUUAA